CACUUCCCGGGACCUGGGUCCAGCUGUAGGGUCAGAGGCACUGAGGGAUUUGUAAACUUGUGAUCGAGAUCACCAACAUUGCACCCCAGGUUUCCUCUUCUCUCUGGUAUUUAUAGGCCUGUGGCUCAUCCAAGGAUUACAACAAAAACCCGUCAUGCCUCUGGGAACACCUGCCCCCCCAAACAAGCGGAAAAAGCCCUCCAGGAUCAUUACUGACCUGUCACAUAUUACUCAAGAUGAGUAUGAAUCCGAGCCAGAGGCGUCCGAGUUCGACCUGGGGACAAAGAUCAGGACUCCCAAAGACAUCAUGCUGGAAGAGCUGUCCCUGAUGAAGAACCGAGGCUCCAAGAUGUUCAAGAUGAGGCAGCAGAGGGUGGAGAAGUUCAUCUAUGAGAACAACCCGGACAUCUUCACAAGUGACUCUAUGGACAACUUGCAGAAGUUUGUUCCCUCUCUGGGUGGUCAAAUGAUGGAUGCCGGGGGACACCUUGUAGGCAGACAGGUUGGAGGACAGGCCGGAGGGCUGACCAUAGGGCUGGCUGGAGGGCUGACCAGAGGGGUUGCCCCUGUACCCCCGCCAAAGCCUGGAAGCAAAGGGGCAGGUGCAGGGGGGGCAGGGGGGCUGGGAGGUGCAGGCGGAGUUGGAGGUGGCCAUGAGCAUGGUGGAGCAGGUACUGAGUGUGCUAUCAACUCAAUAAUGCCAUUUCCUCUGGUGAUGAACCUUCCCUUCACAGGCGGUGCAGCAGAUCAGAAAAGUAAGAAGGAGAUCCAUGUGAAGACGUACGUGUCCCCAUGGGAGAAGGCCAUGAAAGGUGACGAGAACCUGGUAGCCACUCUGAAAGCCUCAAUGCCUGGCCCUAUUGUGCAUAUCGACCUGCCCAAGUACAAAUGUUUCAACAGGACUGCCAUGCCAUUUGGAGGCUACGAGAAGGCCAACCAGCUCCUGAAAUUCCAGCUGCCGACCAGCGAGGAAACCAAAGAGGAGCCUGAGCCGGCAGUGGUUUACCAGCAGGAUAUUGGCUGCCGACCCUCCUUCAACCGCACUCCUAUUGGCUGGGUGGGCAGCAGUGAGCCCAGCAGCAUUCACAUGGAGACGGAUACCGUGCCCUUUGAUGGAGAGACCGAUGAGCUGUGAAAAACAUUCAUACUGUGAUAACACUUAUUAUGCCUACACACACACACACACA